AUGCGACAGAAAAAAACGUUAAGCAGAUUGGACAGUUUCGCCGUCGAUGGUAAUGCUGGCUUUGAUGUUCUUCAACGAAUCGUUCAACAACUUCGUGUUGACGACCUUGAAAAGAAAAACCUACUCCAACUAAUUGCUUUGAGUCGUACUUAUUUGAAAGCUGAAUUUCGACAACACGUGCUCCAAGAUGAUACCAAUUGUGGAACUCAUUGUUCGUUAUUUGCCCUCAGUCAUCCGUCUGAUAAAAACUUCCAGAGUGACUGCCAUCAAUCAACCAAUUCAAUGUCAUGCGUUCAAUGUAAUUCUCUACUUAUUCUUCUUUGUCAUAUGGAAGAUCUAAUUGAUAUGAUGGAAUCAUCCAACGUGAAGGAUGAAAUUAAAUUUGAUGCAUCAGUGGCUACAGAAGGCAUUAUAUCAUGA